AUCGCACUCACCUUUCCUCGACUUAACUGGAACCGGAUGAGACUGCCGUAAAAUAACCAGAGAGAUCCUUCUCUACUUCCUUCGCUCGCAAGUCGCAACUCUCAGAAUAAACCGAUCCACCACCACGACCUGCCGCGGCGGCGACACCACCACUUAUAAAUAGGGACAUAUACUAUUAUCAAUUUGCAAAUCGUUCUAUUCCCAUGGCAACGGCGACUUACCCACCGCCGCCGCCUUACUACAGGCUGUACAAAGAGUACUCGAAGGACCCCGAUUCCGCACCUGCACCCCCACCGCCUAUCGAAGGCCCUUACGUCCUCUAUGGAGCAAAUUAUACGACUGAUGAUGUGCUUCCAGGUCUAGAAGAGCAGGGUGUUCGUCAAUUGUACCCAAAAGGGCCAAAUAUUGAUAUCAAGAAAGAGCUGACUGCACUUAACAGAGAAUUGCAACUACAUUUGUUGGAGCUUGCUGAUGUUCUUGUUGAGCGGCCAUCUCAAUAUGCUAGAAGAGUAGAAGAUAUUUCUCUUAUUUUCAAGAACUUACAUCACCUUCUGAAUUCUUUGCGUCCUCACCAGGCCAGAGCAACACUGAUCCAUAUCCUAGAACUCCAGAUACAACGGCGCAGACAAGCUGUGGAGGACAUUAAGAGGAGAAGAGAAGAAGCACAGAGACUUCUGAAGGAGGCACUUGGAACUCUCGAUGGACAAUAGAAACCGACUGCUGGAGAACUCCAUGAACAAAAUCUGCUGGUGCAGCAAUCAAACAUCCAUCAGGCACUAUAAAUUGCCCAGCGAUGCAUCGCUAAUGUCUAAUGCUUUAUUAGAUUUUGCUCAUCUCUUAACAAUUAGGAUUUGAAACGGAGCGUCUUUACAAUGGUCAUUGGUGUUUGUAUCUUAACCCUGCUGUUUAGACGCGUUGUGAUGGUGGGUAAUCUAUAAACGUUGAGUUGGAUGAUGUAUGUAGCUUGUAGUUUACCUCCAGAAACAUACAUCGGUACAAGCUACGUACAUUGGAUGGUUCGUAUCCUGCCACGUAAUUAUAUACGUAUUCAAGAGGGUUUUAAAA